AUGAACAUGUAUCGCCAUCAACUUAUUUAUCUUAGUUUAUUUAUUACUGCAGUAUUAGCCAGAAAACUAGAUGUUUAUAGUAUAAAUGAGAGAUGGGUAUGCCACAUCAAACAAUCUUGCUUCGACUGUCUUCGUUUACCACAAUGUUCCUGGUGUCCUGAGGACGAAAUGUGUUUUUCAGCACAUUUGCCUUUAUAUGAAAAUUAUUGUGAAAAACAAAGAAUUAAUCACACGGAUUAUGGAAUGAGUUUCGAAGAUAAUGCUGAAUGUGCGUGUUCGGGGGAUAAGAUCAUGAGUGAUUGCCAGCCUCCCGAGAGCACUGGACCCGAAUGUUCCGGGCGGGGCUCGUGUGUUUGUGGACGAUGUUUUUGUGACGAACAACCCGAUCCCGAAAAUCCAAGCAAGACUAUCAUGGGGGACUACUGUGAAUAUGAUAAUUUCUCCUGUAGUGGACCAAAGUGCAACGAAGGACCGUAUUCAAUUCAUGACCUUACGGCAUACGAAGACAAUGUAACCUCGUCUUGGGGUAAUCCGUAA